CCGGAAGAGUCUUACAGGUUGAAUUUCCGCUGAGGGCUUCAUGAUUUGCAAUUAAAAUCAGAGCUCUGUGUAAGCAAACCAAAAUAAGGCUUUAAAAGUGAUUUAGAGGAGUGGCCGUCCUUUGAAAUAACCUCUAUGAUGCAAAUUUUAACAAAACUGUCUUGAUGUGUUUCAGCUUUAUGUGAGAAGCUCAGUGACCAACGACUGAUAGUGAGGGCAGACAUGAUUAAAGAAAGAUACUUGGCAGGAGACGUGGUUCAGUAUGCGUGCAGUGCACCUGGUGCCAAUGAAGGAGGCAACGCAACAUGUGAGAAUGGCAAGUGGACAACAUCCGAAGAAUGUCCAAAUGUUCCUUGUAAAGUUGAGCCAUUGAGUGUCGGACUGAGACGUGUUGGAAGUGSAUCCAAAACUCUAGUGAAUCCUGGACAGAAAUUAMGUUUUUUGUGUGAAGAUSAGUACGAYAUGGAGGGUUCUGAUGAAGUUCAGUGUUUAGACACGGGGAAGUGGAAUGGCCCGUUUCCAACCUGCUCUGAGAAAUGCAGAAUACCAAACCUACCAGAAAAUGUUCGCAUCACUUCAUCUGUACAAGACAAUGUUAUAAGUAAAGGAGAUACAUUGUCAUUUGCCUGUCGUCAACAAGGACACAUCAUGCAAGGGAGUUCAACAAGUCGUUGUGUGGGAAAUGGAGAGUGGAGCACGCCCGUGCCUCAGUGUUCAGAAGCCCGGAACACUGACCACUCACGUAAAUCACUUCUUGUCUUACUCUUUUCUUGAACAUGUUUUUAUCCUAACUAUAUUUAUUUAAGGUGUCAGCAUUUACACUCUGAUACAUUUAAUU